UAAUUUCUCUCCUAAUGUGCUAAUGGGGUCAUUAGUACGAGAAGAGGGUCAUAUUUAUUCAUUGGCUGCAUCCGGUGAUCUUCUUUAUACUGGUUCUGAUUGCAAGAAUAUAAGGGUUUGGAAGAAUCAGAAGGAGUUUCCAGGGUUUAAAUCGAAUAGUGGAUUGGUUAAAGCAAUUGUGAUUUCUGGUGCAACGAUAUUUACAGGCCAUCAAGAUGGGAAAAUACGGGUAUGGAAGGUCUCAUCCAAGGAUCCAAGUAUUCAUAAACGUGUAGGGACCUUACCAACUAUGAGGGAUUACUUCAACAACUCGAUGAAAACAAGUAAUUAUAUUGAAGUUAAACGCCACAAGAAUGCGGUAUGGUACAAACAUUGCGAUGCAAUUUCAUGUCUUAGCUUGAGCGAAGAUAAGACAUUUCUUUAUUCAUCAUCAUGGGACAAGACUUUUAAAGUUUGGAGAAUAUCCAAUUCUAGAUGCCUUGAAUCAGUCAUUUCUCACGAUGAUGCUGUUAAUUCAAUCGUUGCCGGAAACGAUGGCCUAGUCUUUACAGGAUCAGCGGAUGGAACUGUCAAGGUUUGGAGGAGAGAAUUACAAGGGACAGGAACCAAACAUUUCUUUUCACAAACGUUGUUGAAACAAGAAUGUGCCGUUACGGCAGUGGCGGUUAAUCCUAAUGCCACAGUUGUCUAUUGUGGCUCAUCAGAUGGGCUUGUUAACUUCUGGGAACGUGAAAAACAUAUGUCUCAUGGUGGUGUUUUAAGAGGUCAUAAAUUGGCUAUUCUAUGCUUAGUUACAGCAGGGAGCCUCCUGUUUAGCGGCUCAGCUGAUAUGGGAAUAUGUGUGUGGAGGAGAAUGGGAAAUGAUCACAUAUGUUUGUCAUUGUUAGCAGGCCACAAAGGACCUGUCAAGUGCUUGGCUGCAGAGACGGAUCACGAGUCCGCGCCGAACGAGAGGCGAUGGAUUUUGUACAGUGGCAGCCUUGAUAAAUCUGUAAAGAUGUGGAGAGUAUCUGAAAACGCACCACCAAUGGCAUGGAGAGGCUGUGCUAGUAGUGCUCCUACCUCCAUGCCAAGUUCACUGCCAGCAGCUACAAGCUUCCCAGCUCAGACCAGGAAUAAUUAACGAUAUUCGCAAUUAAAAAGAAGAAGAAGAAUAAAAAAGAGAGGUUAUGUAUAUGUGAUUUGUUACCUUAAAAAAUGAAACUGGAAAUUUUCAAUUCUUUCACCAAUUCAGUUG